AUGCGACCUGGGCACACCUCGCCGUUUGUUGUGGAUGAUGCCGUUCGCCGCUCCGGGUGGGGCUGUCAGCUCCUCUACCGUCGCAACGAGACCGAAGACACUCAUGCCCAGGCCGAGGAGCCGGAGUUACAGAACAUUGUGAUCCUCUUUGAACGCCUGACGCGGCCAUACAAUAAUCUUUCGGCGGAGCUCGCGACCGACCUUUUUCGCCAGCCAGCUGCGGCGUCCGCGGUCCAUGUGAUGGUUUCAUGCAAUUUGGCAUGGGACUUACUAAUUUCCCGUGAUGGAUUUGUGGCGGGGUGGUGCCAUGGAGUACCGGCAUCCUCCCAACCUGCUCGCCACCUGGACCGGUUUCGCUCACGAUGGCCCGAGUUCGUUGUCACACCAUCCACAGAGGUGGAACCUCAGCGCCUUUUGCGCGACACGUUUGCACCAACAGGUUCGGACACCCAAGUAAACUUCGGGACACAGCCCAUCCGACUGGUCUCCGAAUUUGGUCGUGUCAUCACCGUAUCCCCACUGAGUUAUGCAAAGAAGUACGUCAGGCUGGCUUGCCCAACGACACGUUUGGAUGCUGAUGAGGACAGCGACUCGGAGACUCCGGCGGACAUUCUCGCGCUCGGCUUUUCACGUGGACGACCAUUACCGCCCGGCAUUCCGGACUUUGUGUGCGAAACGUCAUUACCGGUCCUGGCUCCCCCGGUGCCGUAA